UGAACUUCUGGUCCCUUGCUUCUGCUUCCUGAGUGCUGAGCCACCACUACCUGCCUCUUCAGCCUUGUUUCUGCCGCCCUAGGAUAUGCAAGGAAUGUUUGUUGAAUGAAUGUGUGACCGCUGGACAGGUCAUUUCCAAGCCCUGCCUCCUGCUUGCCUCAGUUAGCUCAUCUCUGACUGGGACUACUGGUUUUGCAUCCCUGACUACAACCUCUUUCCCAGAGGCCUGUGCCCACGCCUGUGCCAUGACGUGUAUCAUCCUUGGAAAAGGCUCUUGCUGCCUGCACCCCCUCCUCCAGCCCCAAACCCCAAAUUACCUGCAGAUGGUGCUGUCCUGGAGCUUUUCCAUCUUGCCCAAUGCUCACACAGACCCAACCCCCCCUUAAUGACACCUUGCUGCCUUCUGCUGAGGGAGGGGAGGGGGCUGGCCCAACCAGGCUGUGGUUUCUUUUUCCAUUGCGUCAGGCCUCAGGGUCCGGAUCCCUGCCCCGCUGCCGGGCUGGCACCAAGGGCCACUCUGAUCCCCUGCCUGUCCCAACCUCAGACACCAUGUGCUCCCCAUUUCGGGGAUCCAGAAGCUUCCUGCCAGAGGACUGCCAGGAACUAUUGCUGCUGCCGCCACCAACUCCCAUGGCCUACAUUCCGGGUGGGGGGGCCCCCGCCGCAGGGGCCAUCCCCUUGGGCUCUCAGUGCUGUGUGUGCAAAGUGGAGCUGUCAGUGAGUGGCCAGAACCUGCUGGAUCGGGACGUCACCUCCAAGUCUGACCCCUUCUGUGUCCUCUUUACAGAGGACAACGGCAGGUGGAUGGAGUACGACAGGACAGAAACAGCCGUCAACAACCUCAACCCAGCCUUCUCCAAGAAGUUCGUGCUGGACUACCACUUCGAGGAGGUGCAGAAGCUCAAGUUCGCCCUGUUUGAUCAGGACAAAUCCAGUGCACAGUUGGAUGAGCAUGACUUCCUGGGUCAGUUCUUCUGCAGCCUUGGCACGAUUGUCUCCAGCAAGAAGAUCACUAGGCCUCUGCUGCUGAUGAAUGACAAGCCUGCAGGGAAGGGCUUAAUCACGAUCGCAGCCCAGGAGCUCUCAGACAACCGUGUCAUCACGCUGAGCCUGGCUGGCAGGAAGCUGGACAAGAAGGACCUCUUCGGGAAGUCAGACCCAUUUCUCGAGUUUUACAAGCCAGGGGAUGAUGGUAAAUGGAUGCUAGUCCAUAGGACUGAGGUGAUUAAGUACACUCUGGACCCUGUGUGGAAACCGUUCACUGUGCCAUUGGUGUCCUUGUGUGAUGGGGACCUGGAGAAGCCCAUCCAGGUCAUGUGCUACGACUAUGACAGCAAUGGAGGCCAUGACUUCAUUGGCGAGUUCCAGACCUCUGUGUUGCAGAUGAGUGAGGCUCGGGAUGGCGUCCCGCUAGAGAUGGAGUGCAUCAACCCCAAGAAGCAGAGAAAGAAGAAGGGCUACAAGAACUCGGGCAUCAUCAUCCUGAGAUCAUGCAAGAUACACCGAAACUACUCGUUCCUGGACUACAUCCUUGGAGGCUGCCAGCUCAUGUUCACUGUUGGAAUAGACUUCACAGCCUCCAACGGGAAUCCCCUCGACCCUUCUUCUCUACACUAUAUCAAUCCCAUGGGCACCAACGAAUACUUGUCAGCCAUCUGGGCAGUGGGACAGAUCAUUCAGGACUAUGACAGUGAUAAGAUGUUUCCUGCUCUGGGGUUUGGGGCCCAGUUACCACCAGACUGGAAGGUGUCCCAUGAGUUUGCCAUCAACUUCAAUCCCACCAACCCUUUCUGCUCAGGUGUGGAUGGCAUUGCCCAGGCAUACUCAGCCUGCCUGCCCCACAUCCGCUUCUACGGUCCCACAAACUUCUCCCCUAUUGUCAACCAUGUGGCCAGGUUCGCAGCCCAGGCCACACAGCAGCAGACAGCAACGCAGUACUUCAUCCUCCUCAUCAUCACUGACGGGGUCAUCAGUGACAUGGAGGAGACACGGCACGCUGUAGUGCAGGCCUCCAAGCUGCCCAUGUCCAUUAUCAUUGUGGGUGUGGGCAAUGCUGACUUUGCAGCCAUGGAGUUUCUAGACGGGGACAACCGUAGACUGCGCUCACACACGGGCGAGGAGGCAGCCCGUGACAUUGUGCAGUUUGUGCCCUUCCGAGAGUUCCGCAACACCUCCACCCCCAACUUCCCCUAGCCCAGCUGGGCUUUCUUUGUCAGAAUCAACGGAUGAUGCUUCCAGGACAAACUGGCUUCCUCUCCCUGCCCUUCUGCCACUCUAAGUAUUGAAUGUACUUUGUAUAAUUUUAGUGGAAUUAUUGUUAUUAAAGAGAAUAAAAUUUUUACAAUCAUAACUGGCUUUUUCUAAGUAACUAGCUGCAGGAAGGAAUGUAUCCCUAGUGCAUCCUUUGUAUUGUGGUCUGCUGUUUUUAUACUGUGACUGUGUUCUAUUUGUUAUACUCAGGGUAAUAAAGGAAUUUCAGAUGUUG